AAGAAGAGCAAAUUUUGCACUUGUUGAUAUUAAAUUACAUCCCCUACGUGUCGUACAAAGAAUAAAAAAUAUUUUCAUAAUAUCGCCAUAUUUAACCGUGUUUUUACGAUUACUAAAAGUAAUAUUGUUACAAAUAAUAACAAAGUACGGAGAGAAUUCUUUUGAACCAUAUUGUGAUAAAGAAAAAUUACUAAAUUUGUUGAUACAUCGUCUCACAUUUCAUAUGCCUGUGAAAAAAGGGGGCAAAAAGAAAAAUUUAAGUAUUAGGACGAUGAAAGUGAUAAUAUAGACGGGUAUAUAUUUGUGUGUUUUCUUCUAAUACAAUAACAACAUAAAAAAACGUUUCAAAAAAUUUUGUAAAAUAUUCUGCAUUAAAAAAGUGUGCCCAAAAUUGUGCAACGUGAAAAUAUCAAAUAUUUAAUUACUCAAAUAUUUUUUCCGACCAAACUGUUUUUGUGCAUUUACCCAACAUCCAAGGGGCGAUUAGAGGACACCCAUAGCGUCUUCAGAGUCACGAAUGGCGAUUUCUGUCGCUAAUCCUUAUUACUACAACGAACUCAUUAGCUUCACGGAACCUAUGCGCAUGACGCAAAGCUUCGAUUAUCCAAUAGAAGAACAAAUGGACUUCCGCAGCUCGAACAUUGCAGACGAGAAUAUAACCAGAACCAUUUACGGAAAUAAUACAAACGAGCUCCAAUUAUUGGUCGAUCAAACAAUCGAUUUCGUUGAUACUCCAUCGGAUACAAAAGAAACGUGGACCACUGAUUUUAAUAAAGCUGUAAUGCUUGGACCUCAAGUUGCAAGUGUGGAGAAUAUACAAACCGUUCCCAGGAAGCGUCAAAUGGAUUGGGAAUCUAUUGAGAUUAAUUCAUCCAAUUCAUCCACAAGUGGACCGAAAAUUACAAGUGUCGCUAGCAUUAAAGAUCGCCGAAAAAUUGCUCGCAUUGGUUGGACUGAUGAUAUUGAUUUCGACCUGAAUGGAGAUUUGACGAACAACAGUUAUUUGAACAAGAUUCUAAACUUGUUUUUUGUUCGUAGUGACGCAUUUCUGUCAUUGUCAUCUGCAUUGAACAUCUUGAAACAUGAGAUACCAUCACCAUCUAACGAUCAAUUGAAGCAGCCCAAAAGCCCUCAGGAAAGAGCAGGUCUUCCAAUUAACCACCAACAAUCCCAAGGAGGAACGGUUGCUAAUGGAACUGUUAAGGAGAGCACAACAUGCAACGAUCAUGCACCGAUUUUACAGAAGCCGAAAAAUCAACCAGAUGUACUGGACUCAUCGUCCAAUUCCAAUUUGGCAUGUUCGAUGAACCAUGAGUCUCCGCAAUGCGGUAAAACGCAAGGUCCUAACGAAGUUCAGUCCAAAUUUCAGUACGUUUUAGCUGCGCCGACAUCUAUAGCUACAAAGAACAAUGAGGACACACUUACGUAUCUCAAUCAAGGACAAAGCUAUGAAAUAAAACUGAAGAAAUUGGGAGAUUUAGCGACUUAUCGCGGCAAAAUUUUGAAGAGCAUCAUAAAAAUUUGCUUCCAUGAGCGCCGUUUGCAGUACAUGGAAAAGGAGCAGAUCAAUCAAUGGAAAGCGUCAAGACCGGGUGAACGUAUUGUUGAAAUCGAUGUGCCAUUAUCGUAUGGUCUGUGCCAUGUAUCCCAGCCGAAUAACCAAAUGUUGAACACCGUUGAAAUUCAGUGGGAUCCUAUGAAAGAAGUUGGAGCCUACAUACAGGUGAACUGUAUAUCGACGGAAUUCACUCCGAAGAAACACGGCGGCGAAAAGGGUGUACCGUUCCGUAUACAAAUCGAAACUUAUUUGGAUUCGAACGGUGAUGGAUGCUACACACCCAUUCAUGCGGCAGCGUGCCAGAUCAAAGUGUUUAAGUUGAAGGGAGCUGAUCGUAAGCACAAGCAAGAUCGGGAGAAAAUCCAAAAACGAACCCGAGCUGAACAAGAAAAGUAUCAGCCCAGUUUUGAGUGCACGAUUUUAUCGGAUAUUCCGAGUGAUUCUAUCACACCACCGAUUUGCUGCAGUCCGGAAAUUUCCAAUGGAAAUCCGGCAAAUGGAACGUCAAACCGUACAACAUCACCAGUGAUGCCACGUUCUCCAGUUCAAAUAACAAAGUACGAAAAUCCAGUUUUCAAUCCGAAUUCAUCGCAUCCUAUUGGUAUAAACAGCGUUUCGUCAUCAAAUUCGAAUGUCAAAGCUGUCGUCGAUGCCAACAGUUCUUCACCCAGACGAGUUGAGAAUGAAGAUUUCGUUCCAAAUAUUCUGAUUGAAUCAUCUCCAGCAGUCCUUGCCCAGUGGAUGACGUAUCAUCGUCUCAACCAGUACAUAAGCACUUUUGCUCACUACUCUGGCGCUGAUUUGCUACGAAUGUCCAAAGAAGACAUCAUUCAAAUUUGUGGCGUCGCCGAUGGUAUACGAAUGUACAACACAUUGCAUUCGAAAGCUAUUAAGCCUCGUUUGAGAAUUUACGUCAGUUUCGAUGGCAGUUCAUACCAUGCGAUCUAUUUACAUGAAAGUUCUGUGUUCGAAUUGGUCCGGAAAUUGUGCAGAUUGCCUGGUUUCUUUGAGCACACUGCGAACAAUGGAAAUGUUGAAAAUAAUGGCUUUCCCGAAUGGGGUCUUCAAUCGAAAUAUUCUGGCAGCGGAUCGAACAUUUGCGAUGCUUCGAAAACUGUGGUUUACACCGACGGGCCGAAUGGAAUUCACGUUCUCGUCUCGGACGAAGUGCUGAACAAUUUCAAGGACGACAGUCUGUUCGCUAUUGAGUGUCAAAACGGAAGAGUUCUUAUGAAAACAGUGUACAAAAAUGAGAUUAAUUGAAAUUAUUUCUAAAUUGGCACCAACAUAAAAAUAUUUUUUUUUUUAGAAAUUUUUUGAAUAUUUUUUACAAUUGACUUGCAAAUUACCCCACCUUAGAGUAGCGUUUAAUUAAAUAAAAACAACAUUUUAGUGACAAUGAUUGCGAUCGGUCUGUUCAUGUAGAAAUUGAGUUAUUGGGAAACUUAAAUCAUUUAGA